CCGUGGUGCCUUAUAACAUUUAUAUUCAUACUAAUUAAAAAAAACUACUUAUGUGGUGGCUAAGUUGCCAUAGUAAUAUGAGUCUUGUAUUGGCAUACAAUAAACUUCAAGUGCUCAUUGUGUGUAUUUAAAAUUAAUAAUUAAACCACUAGACCCGUUUAUCUGCCAGUUUGACCAGUUUACAAUGUUUUUGAAAUUAUCGUGACAACAGCUCAGUGAUACAGCUCCUCCCAGGUACUGCAUCCACGAAGACCACGUAUACGACGACUGCGAGAUGCCUUUGGCCAAAGACCUCCUCCAUCCUUCUAUUGAAGUCGAGAGAAGACAGCACAAAAAGAAAAGGCUUGUUCAGAGUCCUAACUCCUAUUUCAUGGAUGUGAAGUGCCCAGGCUGCUACAAGAUCACUACUGUGUUCAGCCAUGCCCAGACAGUGGUUCUGUGUGUGGGAUGCUCCACAGUGCUAUGUCAGCCUAAAGGAGGAAAGGCAAGACUUACAGAAGGUUGCUCUUUCAGGAGGAAGCAGCACUAAAAAUGGGCAAAUUGUUAAAUCGCUGGAUGAGGGAUGUCACUUUGCAGAUGACACAAAAAUGAUAUUUCCAAGUCAAUAAAAUAUAUGAAAAGUUUAAGCA